UAAAACCUAAAUGAGCCCAAAGACCGCGUUGCCUAAUUGGGUGAAGGGUUGAGGAAAAUCUGUCUGAUUAGCCUUCUCCAACAGACGGGGAUUAAGCUUUUAGUCUGUAAUUAUUAUAAAGCAUACGUCAGCAGAUAUCCACCCAUUUCGGACAGACAGAGGAGCGGAGGGAUGCCCUGCUAGGGGACUGUUCUCUCUGCGAGGCCCGGCGAGACGUGGAGACCCAGGAACGGGAGCAGGACUGGAGCAGGAGCAGGAACAGGAAUAUCCUCCUGAGUCAGUGCCACGACGCUGACACACCACACUCCCCGGCAGGGCUGCCUCUGCUCCGAUAAUAAGCAUCCUAUGCUAUUCUGCUCAAGAUGGCGGUGCAGGCAGCGGAAAAAGACGGAAUAGUGUUGAAGAAUGUGGAAGAUGACCACCUGAACGACUCGCUGGGGAACCCCGGCCUCAUCUCACCUGACAAGGAGGAUUUAUCGCGUCUCCUGACGGUGCCAUUCAGCGGGCGCAUCCGGGGCGGCAUGCGGCCAGGGAAGAAGAUCAUAGUGAUGGGCAUUGUCGACCUGGAGCCAGACAGCUUUGACGUGAGCCUGACCUGCGGCCGUGACUCGGAGAAGGAGGAGCCGCCGUACGACGUGGCCCUGAAACUCACCGCCCGAUUCGGUGACCGCCAGUUUCUGCGCAGUGCCCGAGUUUCUGGGAAAUGGACAGAGGAGGAGGCGUCCACCGCCUACUUUCCCUUCAUCCCUGAUCAGCCUUUUAGGAUUGAGAUCCACUGCGAGCACCAGAGGUUCCGGAUAUUCGUGGAUGGACACCAGCUGUUUGACUUUUAUCACAAAGUAAAAUCUUUGCCCUCUAUCGACACAGUACGGAUACAAGGAGAUCUACAGAUCACCAAGCUCGGUUAACUUCCCCACACUCUUCCUGCUCUGCUAGUCAUGUGUGAAGCAAGGACUUGAUCACAGAUGACCACACACACAUAUGUUCCUGUUAUGUCAUCAUCCAUAACCCAUCAUGCAACACUGCAGCAACAUAGCAACUGGAAAAAGGCUCCAGCAGUGACAAGUUAGAGAUCCUCUGCUUAAUUUCAUUCAGUUCUUUCCAUUUUUUUAAAAGAGGAUCUGAUGUGAUGAUGCUUUGCGGAUGAAUGUGUUUGCUCCAUCUUCAGGUAUUUUUCCUUGUAGCCCCAGUUUUGUCAGAUCAGGGAUCUCACAGCUUAUUAAUAGUGCAUUCAUUUUUUAUGUUGAAUCCUUUAGGGAUGCUGAAAUUGAGGCAGGUGUGGAAUACUUUUUCAAAGAUGGAAAAAUAGCUCAGAUGUUACAGAAACCAGUUACUCAGGAAAAUAUAUCUGGAACUUAGCAGCUAAGAUGAAAACAAACACUGGCUCAUGGGUGAAAAUCUCCAAAUUUGGUGAGUGAUUAAAUGUUUUAACUUAAAUUGAGGAAAAUCUUCAUUGUGGAUAAACUGGAAAAUACAUGUUGAUCAAGCUAAAAAUAGACAGAGAUCGAUUUUCACCCAAGCACGGUGACAAAUAUGCUGUAAAACUCUGCGGUAUUGAAACUGAACCUGGAUUCCCACAAUGAUUUUUAUUUCAGAUAAAACUGGUUUAAAGGAAAAUGCUGCAGGUUGUUUGACACUUUCAGGUUUGAUUUCACUCGACCAAGUUGGACGUGUAUUCAUUAUUGCAGUUAUUGCAGCCUUCUGUUCACAAUAGAGUGCAGUAGUAUUACACCCUUUCUCUGUGUUGAUGUAUCUCCAACUCCGUAGGCGCUCCCCUGCCCUCCCUUGGGUUGAUUCCAGUUGUCAUGGUAACACGCUGCAGUCUCACCGACCUAAAUACCCCAAAAUGAGGAUUAUAUCAUGACAAGAUGUAGCAGAAAGCGUCCCAUGCCAUACACUGCGUGUGGUGGUAGUUUGCGCUCACUUUAGUGAUCUCCUGUAGAUAAAAAGUUGCGUUUGGUGAACAGGAAGGAGACUGACGCCUGUUUACUCUGCUGGGCGAGGAGGAGAGCGGAGAAAUGGCUUUUAAAUGAGUUAGAAAACUGAACUCUGCUCUCUGCUGUUGAACUCACAGAACACAUGCAAACCACAUCUGAAUUAUACGCUAAUACAGUAUGCAACUGUCAUAAAAGAACACUCACUUCAGUACGUAUUUACUUAUUUAGAACUUAGCUGAGCGCAAACUAAAAUCCAAAACCCUUCACUCACGUUCGACAGUCAGCUGGUUGUUUGGAAGCAGAAUCAGACCCUGGUGGUAUGUUGAAUGUAUAGUAUUCAUGUUUCUAUAGUAGCAUAGAAGAUAUAGUGAUGCACAAAUUUAUUACUUAAUGUCACAGUUUUUUGGUGGUAUGGCUGGUGCUGUUCUAGUCCUUUUUCAGUCUGACGGUAUGUCUUAUGUGUUCUAUGGCUCUCCUUUUUUUUUUUUCCUAAAUCAUUCCAUGUCAGCGUCUUGUCCACACUGAAGCACAUAGAUGUUUAUAAAGCAGUUACAUCAGUGUUUAACGCAGCCAGUAGGUUUUUACAAAUACUGUCAUGUCUGUUAUGCAUCGCAUGGUUUUGUCUCUGUUCCACUCCACACAGGACAUCUUUACCUUCACUGAGGCAGAAAGGAAGUUAUAAUAAAUACACAGUAAUAAUAGCAGAGGUUACCUGCAAAGCAAAACUCAUAAGUAUUAAAAGUAUUAUAUCUUAAGCAGCUCUGUUUACACCUCUCACAGUAUCGGCAUUCACUAUGCUCUGUAAAGUUGAACUAGAUAAGAAUUUAACUGCAUAGGUUUCUCUCUUGCAAAAAGUUCAUUAGAUGUAACGUGUCUUUAUUAAAGGGUAAUAAAUUAUUCACUAAUGCUUCAUAGAUCUGUUAGAAGAAGUUAAUAAAAACAUAAAGGUUGCCAGGUUGUUUAUUUUAUAUUUAUUAAUAAUAAUUUUGUAGGUCAUAAGUUGUUAAUGUUGGAAAAUCAUCUCAUAAACUCAGUUUUGCAGUUACAAAUGUUAAUAAAUCACAAAUAAAGAGUCCUAACUUUAUCUCUUUAUUAUAUAAAACAAUGCAUCAAGGCUAAAACGGUAAAUGUUUUGUUAAACUAUGAAAUGUUGUUAGCUAAUUAAUGGAUUCUGGUCUAGACGCCCUGCAGCUGUUUUUCAGAGGGUCGGAGCUGAAAAGGCAGUCGCAGAGAUUUUUUUCACAACCUGGCAACCCAAAAGUUGUUCUUUAUAAUAGCUUACAUUUACAUAAUCUAUAAAACGUUAGUGAAUGACUUAUUAACCGUUAAUAAAAUAAUUAUUUACGACUUUAAGCUGUCUUUAUAAAAGAUGAAUUAUUAGAAAGUGGCACUGAUUUCUGUCGGUUCUGUUUGGACCACAGUGAAACUUGAAUCAGUUUGGAGAAGCUGUGAUCGUCUUUGGAGACAGAUGUGACUAUUCAUAUCAAACACUCUUCAUGCUGUGUUGUGCAUAAUGUGUGAGCAGCAAAGGGCAGUUGCAGCUGUAAGGAACUGUCGUUAACCUUUUGAUAUUUUUACACUCAAGUAUUCAGUGCUGAUCUUAAGCUAAUGAAGUUUUUGCCAUCACCUUCUGCUGCUGUGAAUUUGGAGUAAGCCAUGACGCCUGUGCAGAGCAGUUGCACUGACUUCACUGCAGGGCGCUCUGUAACUGAUGUGCACUGUCGCCCAUGUCAGUGAAGCUUCUUUUGGAUUUCUGAGCAAACUUUGAGGAAACCUCUUUGUUUAACAUCUCGUUGCCUUGUCUGCACAGUGAGCUGCAGCUGCGUGCAGAGAGGACGCUUUCUGCACACGAGUGCUUAUUAGUUCCCUUCAUGUAGCAAUAAGGUCGCUGGCUGCUCCGGAGCAGAGCUUGUUUUCUCCUGGUCGGUCAGACUCGGUCUUCCUGAGCUCCUCGUGUUCACUUGGCAGCCGCUGGUUUAUUUUGGACACAAACAGGAAACGAGUGCAGCUUGGUAUGAGAGGGCAGAGAGGAGUUCAGUGUGAGAGGAUGCGAGCCAGUGCGAUGCAUCAUUACUCCAGUGUUACAACAGAACAAAUGUGUACAAACAAUGUGUAAUUGUGUUGACAGGUUGUGUUUUUGGAUACUGUUUUUAUUUGUGUUCUUUCUAUGAACUGGUGACUGUUCCUUUGUAAUGCUAACAACAUGUUGAUAUGCACCAUGAGAAGAAUAUGACCAUAACUCAGCAGUGUGUUCCAUGGAUGUAGAAACAAAAUGUGUGUUUUCGGUGUGGUGCAGGUUCAUGCUUUUGGCCGCUCGGCUGUCACACAUGGAGCUGAGCAGGCAGCAGCUACCAAUGCCAGCCUGUUGCUAGCCAGUCCUGUUGCUAGGAAUUAUGGGGGAGGGAGAUGAGCAAUUCAAGGCUUCCUGAAUUAAAGGGCUCGAACCAGGGAGCGCUUUUUGUGUGUGUGUGUGUAUGUAUGUGUGUGUGUGCGGGCAGGUGAGCUGGGAGUGUGUUUUUCUAAACAUUGCAAAUUGUUGUUGAGGCUGUUGUGUGUUUUCCAGCUGUGUACGAGCACGGUGUGUUUUUCCCCCAUUAGGUUUUCUGCACAGUUGGUUGUGGUGCCGGUACGUGAUAAGCUGGCAGGGUACUUGAGCUUACUUAUUUGGUACUGUUGCACUUAACAGGUCCCAGUUCCUGAUCUCCUAAUGAUCCCAUGUCUUUAGAAGAACAAUAAUAAUCUCUCUCUAAGCUUCUAGAUUAAUUGUUCCACACCCCUUUAAAAAUGCAACAGAAAAACUGAAUGUCAUUCUCCUCCUGAUUGUAAUCUGGUGAUAAAUACCCAGGUGAGAACACAGUUCAUAUUCACCUCAGUUAAUAAGGAUCCUCUCCUCAUUCUCACUGAGAUGUGAAUCAGAUGUUUGCACCCUUCCUACCCUCAGUUAAAAAUCGAGGGCGACUAAUUCGAGAGAAACAGUUUAUUUGACCCAGGUCUGUAUGUUUCUCUGUUUUUUGGACUUUGGAUGUACAUAUUUAUGAACAUGGCCUCAGGGGCUUCGUUUUUACAUGACGGAUACCAAGCUGAGUUGCGAGCAGGAAGCAUUUUGUUGUGCAUGUAAGCUAGUACCUGGCUAUUUUGUAACCAUGAAAGACACUAAAAGUAUUAUAUUUCCGGUUUUUGUUUCAUUCAAGCAUGUACUUUUAUUUUUUUUCCAACUAUCUCUCUGACAUGUUUAAAGGUCAGAUUUUCCUUUGGCCUGUUUAUCUUUACGGCCUAGAAUUUAUGAAGAUUGGAGUUUUGUGGUUACCUUGACAACAAAUUAUUGGAUUUAAACACUGCAGACAAAAACAUUGGGAUUCACUAAACAAGAAUAUGAACAAACUUCUUUCUACAUGAGUUUUAACAAGUAAAACAACAAAAUGACUUUCUAAGAAGCGCUAAAACCUACGUGGCUGUUGUGAGAACGGCUACAUCAUAAUGUCCAUUUAUGAAGUGUCCUCUGAGUAGACAUAGGCUGAUCUGUUGCUAAUGUAUUGUGUGGUUGUACAAUCAUGUUAUCAGUUCUAUUUAUUACAGUGUAACCAGCAGGGUUGUGUGUGGUAACGUCAUACCUACUGUAUUGGUAACGUACUAAUUUUUGCUGUUUAUAUGAAGGCAUCUUGAAAAGUUGAGUUUUUUUUUUUUUUAAAUAAAGGUGAAAGUGUUUUGGGCUCUGACGUGUACAAAUAUUAAAACUGUACUUCCCUGUAUGAUGUAAGGGAAUGUGUGAAACAAGUAUUGGAUCAAACUUUCCCCACUAGAUUCUUUUAGCUUGAACCAUCAUUUUGACACGAGUAUUUUGCAUCAAGUCUGGGAAUCAUCAGGGUGUUGGCUUUUGUGACUUUGAUCUUCUGAAAGUCUUUCAUGCUACCAGGCAUCAUGUUUGGCCUUCUCUGUUGGCUGGUUUUCAGCUGAGCAGCUUUCCGUUCCUCAUGAGGAAAAAAAAAAAAAAAAAAAAAGGAGCUCUCGCACUUACAACAGGAUGUCCUUGUAAUACCCAGAAUAUCUGAUAUGACCCUAAAUGUUGUGUCUCAUUGAGAAAGUGGACUGGACCAAUGUUUAGAUGAAGACAGUACAUUCUACCAUUGUGUUAGCCUUCUCCAAAUCUGUAUUUUUUUCUUCUUCCACUUCACGCUUUUGUAAAAACAGCUUCUUUGCAAACCAAUAAACGUCUCAUCUUGGAA